AUGUAUUAUAUAAUAUGUAAAUUUCAACUAACUGUUCAUAUUUUUGUUUCAGUUACAGAAAAAGAAAUUCGACAAUGGCAUAAAGGUUUCUUGAAAGAUUGUCCAAAUGGUCUACUCACAGAACAAGGAUUUAUCAAAAUAUACAAACAGUUCUUUCCGCAAGGUGAUCCAAGCAAAUUUGCUUCAUUGGUCUUCCGAGUUUUUGAUGAAAAUAAUGAUGGCUCUAUAGAAUUUGAAGAAUUCAUCAGAGCACUAUCGGUCACGUCCCGUGGAAAUCUGGACGAAAAACUGCAUUGGGCUUUCCGACUUUAUGAUGUGGAUAAUGAUGGAUUUAUAACAAGAGACGAAAUGUACAAUAUCGUCGAUGCUAUAUACCAAAUGGUGUCAGUCGAAAUAGAAUGA